AUGCUUAAUGUAGCAAUUGUUGGGAUAUAUAUAACUCUAUUCUCAACACAAUGCGCAGUAAUACUCACCACUCAUCAAUCUCGACCAAACACAUUCAUAAUUCCUAUGCCAAUUAACCGCUUACCAAGCAAAUAUAUCAUUGGUGGCAAGUUCACCAAGAAUCUAUUCAAAAAAGUAAGGAGAACAAUCAUGUUACAACGAGAAAUGCCCUGGGAGAAGUCUGAACGACUCAGAAAGGUAAAACAAUCACAACAAGAUGGGCUGCUACCAAAUCCCAAAACAAGUUAUGAUUCCUACAUAUUGUACAAGCCGCAUCCCCUAUCCGAGCUUAAGGGCAGGCUUAAACAUAUCAAAAAUAAGCUGGAAGAGAUUGGUGGAGAGGAAAUCAGUGCCCUUUAUUGUGGGAUUAGAAAAUUGACUAAACCGAUAAGAGACUGUGAUGAGGCACUGUUAAUUUGCUUUUCAUACACCGUCUUCCCCAGUCUCUAUUGGCCAAUAAGGAAUAGACUGGUUAAAGAAGAUUACUGUUUGCGUGUGUUGACAAUUAAAGAUGGCAAAAAAAAUCGUUCACGGCGAGUUUAUCGUAGAGAUAUUUACCCACAGAUGCCACUCAACCAUCCCUACCGUCAAAGCGAAGUUUUCACCAAGUUUUUCAGCAAUCUUACACCUCGAAUCACUGAAAACAUCACAACAACUAACUCCAAUGAAAGUGUCACUACUAAUGAUGAUUUAGCCAACAUUAGCGAAGAUUACACUCAAUUAAAUAUCUAA